UGGCGGAUCAGGAGAAACAAGAUUUUUCAAUUUCUGACAAAAUCUGCUAGCUGUAGUCUGCAACUACUCCAGUGGCACAGGUGUUCCCUGGGUAUCAACGAGUUUGAGUCGGUCCUGCAAUCACAUUAAUCGUAAAGGUUUUGGUACUAAGAAAAACAUUCAAUAUUGUGACAAAAUAGAUAACUUAAACAAAAGAUGAAUCAAAGCCAAGUUACAACAUCAUACACCUUAUCUGAUCCAGUCCUAUUGUCAGAUGAAAGACACAAAGGAAAGCUAUCACACCUUUCUGUAAAAUUAUGGAACAUGUUGAAACAAAAACAGGCUUGUGACAUUAAGAUAAAAACUUGUGAUGUUGAUGUCAAUGCUCACUCGUGUAUAUUAAUAGCUACGUCUGAGUAUUUCAGAAAAUGCUUUGACCUUAUCUCACGCAAGCGUGGUACUGCAGGAAUCUCUGGAGUCAUAAUUGAUGUACGGCGACAAUUAGGACAAGGACUGAAUAACAAAGACAUGAUGAAUAUCUUACAUUAUAUUUACACUGGAGAUAUUGAAGUAACACUUGACAAUUGCAUAUUUCUAUUUAAGGCUAGCAGGAUUCUUGAAUUAGAAUACCUUACAGAACUAAUAAUACCCCUUUAUGUAAAGAUCUGCAGCCUUCAGAUAUCAGACUUGUCAGCCAAAGAAAAACAAUAUCUUCAUUACAAAACCAAUUACAAAAAACAUGAAGCUGCUGACACAAGCAAGUCAGAAUCUCAAACUCUUCCUGCAAAAGGUGUAGGAAAUAAUCCUGAAGAGGAACAUAUAUCGUUGGAAACAGGAAACAUCUUACCAGAACAUGAUAUUGAUAAAGAAAGUAUGGGAGGAGAGACAUCAAAUGACAUCAAUAAAGAUUCAUUUGAAGAAAAAGAACCUCAAAUGGAGACUGAGAACAGCCAUCUGAUGA